AUGGUUAACCCCUCCGCUGCUUUACUCAACAGGAUCAAAGCAUCUGGUCUGAAGCUGCGAUUCUGCACUAACGAAACCCAAGCAACCCGGGAGAAGUUUGUGAAGAAACUCCAGGGCAUGGGCUUUGACAUCUCCGUGACUGAAGUCACUGCCCCAGCGCCAGCAGCCUGCCGCAUUUUGAAGGAGCGCAGCCUGAGGCCUCACUUGCUCGUGCACGAUGAUCUUGUCCCUGAAUUUGCUGAGAUUGAUAAAACAAACCCAAACUGUGUGGUUAUUGGAGAUGCAGCAGAAAACUUCACCUACGCAAACCUUAAUGAAGCUUUCCGAGUUCUGAUUGGGAUGGAGAAACCUGUUUUGAUCUCCCUUGGAAGAGGGUGA